GCGUCGUAUCCCUGUGAGCCGGCUGCGCGUAAAGCUAACGUGCACUGAACCGCCAGGAGCGGCGUUUUUUUCUCGGCAUCGCCCGAAAACAUUGACUUCGAGCACGCGGAUGCACGCGGCUACACGGGCUCGCUGAGCCAAAAGCGGCCACAGCAGGCGACGGCGCUCUGACUCGCUGCACCGCAUGGAACAUUGCCAGGUCGGCCCCGCCCGCCAGGCCUGCCCUUGUGCACUCGCACGUUCGUUGCUCCAUCCAUUCUAUUUGUCCGUUCGUCCGCGUAUCCGCCCACAGCGAGCGCCGCGCUUGCCCCUUUGAGUCGAUCGCGUAUACAUGUAUACCAUGUAUGCCACACGAUCGGUCUAGACAACACAGUCCCAAAUCCGCAGUCUUGGAUAGCCUUAAUCUCUGUUGCCAUGGAGCUCUCCGAAGACUACGCAGCGUGCCGGGCACUGCCUCAAGAGAUAACAAAUGCGGCAGCCAUCGUUUUUAGCACCGCAGUAAAGAACUGAACCGAUAUGGCACGCCUAAACUUGCACAGCUGUGACUGGAAAGAGGGACAGCGACUGUUGGGAGAGCCUACUAUGCCGUAUCUUCGCUUACCUUGGAGUAGCUGACAGGCUGGCGGCAGGGUUGACCUGUAAAACGUGGCACAAGUUAACCGCUGACAGCCGCAUCUACGGCGACGUGGUUGUCACCUUGGAAAAAAAUGUGAAAGAGCGAAUGGUUGCGCUCUCCAAUUCACAGUCGGUGGUAACGUGCUUGGUGGUGAGGAACUCUGCGCUGGAUGCGGAUGACAAAUUUUGGGAACACGUAGGGCCGACACUCAAGAGGCUGAACCUUGAGAACUGCUGUUUUUCCUGGAAGGAGCUCGUUUCGGUGCUCCUUAAGUGUCCGAAGCUAGAGCACCUGGCGAUUGGCCGCUGCGAACAAUUUGUGCCGUCAAGUGACGAGUCCGCGUUUGGCGACAGUGCACCGCCAUUUCUUCGUCCUACGCCAUCCGGAAUCAGCUCGGUCGACCUUUCGGACAAUGCUGACCUGUCAGAUUCUACUUUUCAUCAAGUAAUGACGAUGGCCGGGAGGCUUCGCGCGCUCUCAUUGGAAGGCUGUGCGCUAUGCGUGCAUCCGGCCAUCUACCGCCGCUUCUACCCGCCUGGACAAGUGCAUAGCCCGCUGGUGUUGACGUUUCAGCACGUGCUCAGCAGACUCGACGGAGCGCCGCUCACGGUGCUUAACCUGAGUCGCACGGCGAUCGACAACAAAUGCGUCGCGCAGCUGUCUGCGGCCUACUCGAAGACGCUGCAGGAGCUUCACGCGGCCUCGUGCGCGCAGUUAGGAUUGCAGGGUGUGAGAGCUUUGUGUGAAAACGUGCCGAAACUCAAGUGCCUAAACCUCGGGUAUAACAGGCAGCUUAAAGACAACUGUCUGUUAACCAUCUGUGAAAAUCUUGAGCACCUCGAAAAGCUGAAUAUGUCCAACUGCACGGAAAUCACGCACGCGGGGUUCGCUAAACUGGCGCACCUUCGGAAGCUCGAGUACGCCAGUUUCUCGGACUGUUGUCUCACCGAUCCGGAAACGAUGGUGCAGCUGUUUUCUUCCAGAGCAUGGCCAGCAAUGCGAACGCUCAACGUCAGCUCUUGCAGAAUAAACGACGCCGUGGCAAGGUGUCUGGGCGAGCAAAUGCCGACGCUCGUAUCCCUCGACGUCUCACACACGACGCUACUUACCGAUGACGCAGUGCGCGCUAUCUGGACCCACCUACGCUUCCUCAGAGUCCUCCGCAUGGAACGUUGCUUAAGACUCACUGACGCAGCCUUGCACCGUUCAGGCAACAUGGAAACGUGCGAGCCCAACUCCAUGGCUUGUCUCAGUGGUCUGAAAGAGCUGAGCCUCAGUGGCUGCUACCGAGUGUCCGACGCAGGAGUGUUGGCUGCAGUGAUCUUUCGGGAACUGACUUCUCUGGAUGUUGGGCACUGCAACCUCCUCUCGUCUGCGUCCUUGAAACACAUAAUAUUGCACUGUCCCAGCUUGUCAAAGCUAGUGCUGAGUUUCUGCGUACAGUUGGACGAUGGAGCACUGACGUCGGUCCUCAGACCAUCAACGAGACUAAGACACCUCAACAUAGAAGGCUGCAGAAACAUGACUGAUACAGCUCUCCUUUAUGUAGCUCACUGCCCGUCAGUAAAAUACGUGAACGUUAAAUCAUGCAUGGUGACACUAAAUACGCUACAACAGCUGUCACUAGAGCGACAAGAUCUUGAAGUGGUGCAUACUGUAUGCUGUGUGGAUUGAGCUGCCAAAAAGGCUGCAUAAUUUUGGAAUUUUAACGCAAGUAGCAUUCUUGGCACUGUCAGACUAUAGAUUUCUUCCCGGCUAUCCAUCUAACUGUUUUCGCGGAUCGAUCCCGGAGAUAGUGCACGCAGUCUAAAAAUGGCGGUCGAUCCCGAAGGUGAUGCAGUCUAAAAAUGUGGGCUUAAACCUCGUUUACGGCAUUCUUCGAUUAAAAAAAGAAAUCCCUUUAAAAUUUCUCCGAAUUCAUACUCAUCUGAAAAGAAUGCUAUUAGAAUGCAUGGAUAGCUAUCGUUGAUGAGUUCUGCCUGAAUUUUGUUCUGGUUGUAGAUAAACACAUUGGUCCCGACAUGUCGCAACCGUUCCCGGCGAGUGCUUGCUCUUACGUCACCACUGACGCAACGAGAAGCAGUUAUUUUGGCUGUCAUAAGGAAGUGAUUAAUUUACUUCGCACCUCUCGUCGCAUAUAAAAUAGUUAAAUUCGCACAUACAAACACACAAAAAGAAAGGAUUAUCUUAAAAAAGAAAAAGAUUGCCCACAGAGCUGUUCUUUGUGAUAUUAGUGGUGACGUUAGAGAAGGCAUGAACCAGAACAAAGGCGAUAAUUUCGGCAUAUUGUGUUCAGUUAAUAACGUCAUUAAAUUUAAACCUGCAAGAAUCUGGAAAAUAAAAAGACUGUUCUGUGAAGGCCCAUGUUCCUGCUGAAAGAUGUGCGCCAGCAAAUAAGCUGGACACGGUCACUGUGAUGCCAACAAAGCUAGGUUCUGCACACUUUGCUUACGUCACAAGAUAUCGGCACCAGUGCUGAUGCUCUAAAGACCCUAUAUGGUGCUCUAGUCUUCUUCGCUGCAAGCAAACGAUCAGCUUGUUCAAGACAUCAGCUGUCUAACACAGAGACGUGUACGUAGGCUGCACACCACGUACAACAUGGUGCUUCAGCGGCUGCACGCCCACUGCGGCGUGGCGGGCAACGUUGAGGCUGACCGGGUCCCUGGAGUGGCGCAUGGCGACUCUUGCAGCUAGUGUUGCUGUAUAUGCUCCCGCAGGGAGCAUAUACAGGAACACUACUUGCAGCUGGUGUCCGUGCCUCUCUCUAAAAGGGACAGGCCAAUCCCUGCGAGUGCCGUCGCCUGGUGCUCUCAACGUGAUUUUCAUGAUCGAUAAACACCUAUUCGCCUCAUACCCAAUAAUCGCAUGUGAACAUAUAUCGAGAUCCCAAACAAAAAUCUGUAUGUUCACAUAAAUGUGGGGAUCGUAUGGUACAUGCCUUAUGGGACCUAUAUGGGAACAUACGGAUUUUUUUUAAUGGGAUAACCACAUGUUAUAUGAGACGUGCCCCAUAUAUCAUAUAGAGGGACAUCGGUUUUUAUAUGGGAUCCAUUUAUGCUACGGUAUUAUAGAAUGGGGGUCAUAUGGAGUUUUUCCGAUAGUAAUUGCUCACAACCAAAGCGCUAUUCGUCUUCCCCCUGUACAUUGGCUUGAAUCAGACGCUUUAGUUGCCUGUUACCGUGUGUGCUUAUCAUUUGUGUAUGCUUCUGUGCACUAUAUUAGCGUCAGUUCACGCAUCCCCCUUCUCAUGUGGAUUAGCAUGUUAGGCGUGCGGUCAGGCAAAUAUCUCUAGCGCCUUUUAAAUAAAGCAUUUAUCUCUGUUG